AUGGAUUCACGCAACUAUGCAUUCAAGGCUUUUGGUGAUGGAGACCACAUUUACGCCAGUGUUCAUUGGCCUAAGCAACGAAAGAAUCAACCAUACGGCAUAGCGCUCGCCUUCCACGGUGGUGGCUUUGUUGUCGGUUCCAGAAACAUGUUACCCAUGGAGCAGAUAGAAUAUUUGGCCAACUCUGGGUUGGUCGUUGUUUCAGCCGACUAUCGACUGUGUCCCCAGGUCUCAUUGUACGAAGGGCCCAUACAAGAUGCCAAGGAUGCCUACACAUGGUGCAAAAGGGAUCUUCCAGCGCUGUUGAAAAAUGACGAGAGUGUUGAUGUGGAUCCUUCCCGCAUUGUCGUAUUUGGGCAUUCAGCUGGUGGUUGUUUAGCUUUGCACACGGGUGCCCUCCCAGAUCCACCGCGUGCAAUUCUCGAUUUCUACGGCGUCAAGUGCACGACAGAUCGUUUCUGGUUUGCGCCCCUCCCAGCCCUCGCAAUGAUACCGUCACUUGAGGAUGCAUUCCUCAACCAGAUCCACAGCGAGCCAGUCCUCUCCAACACGAUGCUUUCCCUAGAGCGCGCGGCAAAUACAAACACGCAACCAAAAACAAAGGGUUUACCUCGACCUGACCUUUCUAUCCCGAGAAACGCAUGGCUUUUUGUUAAACUGAAGGAGGGCACGCACCUCCCGGGCAUAGUCCAGGAUGGGGAUUAUGAACGUAUUGAUCCCGUUAGAUCCUUCUCGGCUAACUUCCCGCCGACAUUUUUCGUCCACGGCAAUGCAGAUGCUAUGGUCCUCCCAGAAUUUAGUGUUAAGGCCCAUGAGAAGCUUCAAAGUCUUGGGGUUGAGACUAGAAUUCUGCUACCUGAGGGAAAGUCUCAUGGGUUUGAUGUUGGAGUCGAGCCUGAAGAUGAAGACUUUGCUAGUAUCCGUGCAGGACUUGAUUUCUUGGUCCAACACGUGUAA